GCAGGAGAACAAAACGUUACAAAGGAUCUCUACCCUCUGACGUCGGUAUUGCCUCGGGAUCUGUCCCGCUUCUACCGCUACCGAGGAUCUCUCACAACUCCAAAGUGCAACGAAGUUGUCACGUGGACCAUCUUCGACGAUCAUGUGCCCGUGUCUGAUAAACAGAUGGCGCGACUGAGGAGUCUGAGCGACACCGAGGGUGAUCCUCUUGUUAACAACUUCAGGCCUAACCAACCUCUCAACGGCAGGAUCGUGUACCGCUCCUUCUUGAAGUAAACAACUCGCUUGCUCUGUUCCUUAA